AUGGCGGACGACUUACUCAUUGUACCUGUCCUGCUGGCUAACGGAUCUCUUCAUCACUCCAGCGUGUCAUCCGAUGCACUUGCCCAGGACCUUAUCGGAGUACUUACUGCUCAGGAAGGAGUGAUAUCCAGCGUCCUCGGAGAGCUACAGGAUACUGGCUGGGCCCUGCAGCAUGUUCGUAGUCAACCGAAUGGUCGUAAGUGGGAAGAGGCAGAACUCGAAGCUCUCGGGGAUGGCAUCAUCGACCCGUUAACUCCCAUCGCUCCCUUGCUGGAACAACCAAACUGUCCAGUGAUAAAUGAUGCGUCUCAGAGACACUUCUCCACGUUUCCUCUGACGUCCCAUUUGCAUUCUCCAGUACUACGCUUGGUUUCGCUACAUGCGGCUCUUUCUUUGUCGCUCUCGUUUGCGCGUGUGCCCGAGAUUCAUGACGGGUUUAUUUGGAUGGUAUAUUAUGCUCGGAGUUCGAUUGUAGAGGAUGUUAUUCGUUCUGUGGUGGAGGAUUUAGGGCUUGCUAAGAGCUUGCCUGUGGCCGGAGGAGGCAACCUUGAGUAUGUCAUUCAGGAUGGUGCUUCGAGGAUCUCAUCCUCGUCAGUACUGUCCGACCUUGUCCAAUCAUCCUUGGCAAAAUUCCACAGGAAGCCUACAUUGCAGUUCUCUGUACCAGAGGAAUGGUACCUUCGCCCACAAGCUCUUUUACCAUUCUCCGUCCAGCCUUCCGAAGACACCCUGAAGCACUUUGAGGACAUAAAAGCAGAAGAGGAUGCCGCAAAUGAUACCGCAAAGCAGAAGAAGUCUACUCUCGAUGCAGUAACGGCGAAUGCUAGCACCACUCGAUCAGCUUCUCCAGAUUGGCGUGAUUCAUUCACGAGUCUCUUUGCUUGGCAGCAGCCGGCACCUCCUGCCUCGCCACCGUCGUCGUCAAAGAAGCGCAAGAGCGUGAGCGAUCCAGUCCUUGUCGAGCAACGGACUGACAGAAGUAUCAUGUCGGUAACACAAUUGAGUAUUCUAGAAGAUGAGACACUGGAGAUUGAUCCAGCCGAGUUCGAACGCUGCCUCGACCACAUGGCAUUGAAAGGAGAUGCAAGGGACAAGAUGUACCUACUACCAGCUGCUAAGAAACGGCAGAUCAUUGAACAUGCACGGGUUUUCCAUCCGACUCUUGACGGAAAGGCUCCUCGACCAUCACAGUCCACACAAUCUACAUUGGGAACUUCUGGCGGAGGAGCUUUCCUUCCUCGUCUGGUUCCCCAGCUAACAGGCGACUCGGGAAUACUGAAGCGCUUCUCAAUGGUGACUUGGGGUACAAGCACCGCAGCCCCACCGGCUAUGUCACCCGAUCUCAAUCGGUCUAGCGGCGAAUUUGACAAAGUCACAGAGACGAUGCAACCUCUGCAAGCACAAACUACUGGCAUUAUGUUCGGCAACUGGUGGGCAUCUUCAGGUGGAGAGAAGAAUGCCGAAACAGAGAGUGCGAUAUCUGCAAAGCGAUAUGUUGACGGCUUGCGCGGCAUGAGGAUGGAUUUUAGGCUUGUCAAGCAUCUCAUUUCCCUCCGAGUGCAUCUGUCUACUGCAAAGUUACCAUGGAUCGAGGACUUUAUCGCGGAAGAUGGCAUGAACGCCAUGGGUGAUGCGCUUGCAGCACUCGUCGGCAAGGGCGGGAAGAGGACAGUCCUGGCGGACAUAGAAAGCACAGUACUGCUGGAGAUCAUUAAGUGCUUCAGGGUACUUCUCAAUACUCAGGCCGGAUUUGACAGCGUUUUGUCGUCUCCUACAAUCAUCACUCAUAUAGCGUAUUCUUUUUACGGCGCCUCUCUGAAGACACGCAUGCUUGCUGCUGAACUUCUUGCUGCGAUUUGUGUACUCUCGUUCAAUCAGGGUCACAAGGCCGUCUUGGCUGCAUUGUCAGAUUACCGCAUCGCCUAUGAUGAACUGUACCGCUUCGAGUUUUUGGUCGCUGCUUUGCGUAUAUCAGAUCAGAGUAACGACCCUGCAGCCAACGGUGUGUCCUUGCACGAUGGGGAUGGUAUAUGGGAGGCGCGGACUGCUUUUAUGGCCCUCGUCAACGCCCUCACUAACUGUCCUGAAUCCCUGGAAGACCGCAUUUUGUUGCGCGAAGAGUUUGGGCGGCGAGGCUUAAAUGAAGUUAUUGUGACUCUCCGCUAUACGAAACCGCCAGACUCUCUACUGACUCAACUGGAUCUUUAUAUGGAGGAGAAGUAUGAGGAUGAAGAAGAUCUGCGAGAGCGAACACGAAACGCCGUACGGGGCGAUGGGGGCCACAGAAAGGAGCACUCUGAAUCAGACAUCUUCCUGGAUGAUCUUCUACAAAGCGCGAACAACGUGGGGUUCGGAUCUAUAUCAAUGAGUAUUUUGCACCGCUUGUCUUCUAUCAUAAAGAGUGACGCUAAAUUGAACGUCAAAGUCGAUCAACUAGCUGUAGUGAAUACAUUUUUGGAUCAGAUUUUCACUGCAGAUGACAUUGAUUUGGGCUGGAUUCCUCUGAUUACGAGGUUUCUUGAUGCAAUCCGGCCCAUUACUGGCCAAGAUAUAAGUAUAGAUGCCGUUGAUAGUGGGAUGAAGUACGAGCUGGAAAGCCUUCGUGUCCAAAUAGAUGAUCUGAUUCAGACGAACUCGGCACUCAAGACAAGGCUUGAACAACGCACAGGAUCAAAUCAGCAGAAGCCGAAUAUUUCUAGCAAAGGAGGAAAUGAGGUGCGAUCGCUGUCAUAUCAAAGGAGAAGGAAGUUGCCUCAACUACAAACAGAACUUGAGCGCUUGAACUCUCAAAUUUCGAACAACGCGCGCGAUGCUGAGAUGCAAGAAAGGAAAGAACGCGAAAGGGCAAGGCUUCACUCGCUCCACGAAGAAAUGAAUAAACUGCAGCUUCAGGCAUGUCACCCAUCCACAACCUAUAUCGAAAUGAAUGAUACUCUUGCCACCAAAGACAAGGAGGUUGUGUACCUCAAACGCGCUCUUGAAUCGGUAUACUCACGUUUUCAAACGAGGCAAGAAGAAAGAGCUUCUGACAUGGACGCCCAACUCAUUGCGAGUCGCACCAUCGAGAAUCUUGCCAAGCGAGACAAUGAACUCACAGCACUGAAGACGGAGGUUUCAGACCUCAGGCAGCUGUUGGCUGCGAAAUCGACAUCUAUGUCAGAAAUGGAGUUCAAGUCCAGGAACGCGCCCCCUCCACCUCCACCGCAAGGUUUCAAGUCCAGAGCGAUUUUUGUGCAAACGCCCCAAGAAACAGAUAUAAGCGCAACAUCGAAUGCGACUGGCAUUCCUCCGCCUCCACCUCCACCUCCACCUCCACCUCCACCACCCCUCCCCCACCCCCACCAUUACUACCUCUCUCUCCAUGGGCUUCAGACAGUCUUUCAAUCUUCCCCUCCUCCCCCUCCUCCUCCCCCUCCGCCGCCGCCGCUUCCAUCAUCCCCUUCUUCAGGUUCCGCAUUUUCGUCGCCUCCACCUCUACCUCCACCUCCACCACCCCCACCCCCGCCGCUCAACGCCGCUUCACUAGCUCAGUUACCACCAAGACUCCCCGGAAUUCUACCUCCACCCCCACCGAGUGGAUCUGCAAUCAGGAUUGGAAAUAAAGCAAAAGCCACUGGGCCAAGACUGAAGCCCUUCUUUUGGACCAAAAUCAAUAAUCAGAAUUGCGGCGCCACAGUAUGGGCGGAAUCGACGAUCUCACUGGAUUUCAAGUUAGAUGAUCUUGAAGCAACGUUCACAAUUAAUAAUACACCGACCUCACAUUCCAAAGCCGCAAAUUCCACACGGAAACAAAGUGUCACAACCCUUCUUGACAUUACUCGUGCUAAUAACAUCGCUAUAAUGCUUUCGCAUUUUAAAAUGACACCUCUUGAAAUCAGUCAAGCUCUGCUAAGUCUUGAUGACAAACUGUCCAUCGAUGACUUGAAGGCCAUCAGCAAGCAGUUACCAUCUCCGGAAGAGGUUGCUCGUAUGAAGGAUUUCCAAGAUGUAAGCAAGCUAGCGAAGGCCGAUCAAUAUUUGAGUGCCAUUAUGACAAUUCCGAGACUCGCGCAGCGGCUAGAGUGCAUGAUAUAUCGCCAAAGGCUGGAACUCGAGAUUGAGGAAAUUCGUCCGGAUCUAAAAACCAUUCAUGAUGCGUGUAAAGAAUUACGAGCAUCUGUGCGUUUCAAGUUGACAUUACGGGCUGUACUCACAGUGGGGAACGCAUUGAAUGGGUCCAGCUUUCGUGGAGGUGCCUGUGGGUUUCGCCUGGAGGCGCUCAUGAAGAUGAAGGAAACGAAGACCGCAAAGGGCAGCUCAGAGUGCCCCACUCUCCUGCAUUAUGUUACCCGAGUCCUCAUUCGCACCGAUCCGUCACUUACACUUUUCAUCGAUGAGAUGCCUAGUGUGGAAUCGGCUGCUCGUAUAUCAUUCCCCACGUUACAACAGAAUGUCAAGUCUUUACUUACAUCGCUGGACAAGGUUAAAGAAGAAAUAAGUCUGCUGAAGCAGAUUCGCACACCCUCCGAUAACGACCAAUUCGUGACAAUCAUGCAGCCGUUUACCCUUGAAGUGGCACAAAGCGUUGACGCGCUCAAUAAAAUGGCUGCCCUCAUUGAAAUAGACUUACGAGCUCUCUUCUCUUACUAUGGCGAAGACCUGGAUUCGCCGGAGGGACCAAAGCCAGAUGACUUUUUCGGGAUGAUCUGCUCAUUUUCGUCAUCCUUACAGAAAACCGCUUUGGAAAUACACGAUACACAGAGGAAGGCUCCUCAUUUGGCUCGGGGGAAGAUGGCGUCUUCGCUGCGGAGUAACUCCAAAGAGGUAAGAGGACCGACAUUGCACAGCUUUGCAUUUCCAUGGUUCAUUGUCACGCAGACUGUCAAAGCACAACAUGAUCCCUCACACGACUUACUCAUACCCUCCGCUGGCAUACACGAACGUUCGGCAUCUAUUGGUCGCGGUAAUCUCGAUGAAGCCAUACGCUCUUUGAGAGAAGGCCGUAAAAGAUGUCGAGCUCCUCGUUCCAUCGCCAGAGCAAGCAAAAUCUUUCUUGAUGGACGACCUGACCCUCGUAACAACAACCUUGGUGAUUGA